AUGAAAUGUUCCUUUUUUUUUUUUGGCGAAUGCGAAGCUGAACGAGCAGCCGAAGAAGACGAAGACGAAGACGACGACGACGACGACGAAGACGAGAGCGGGGAGAGAGGAUACGACGGGACGAGACGGCCGGCUCCUGCUAUGACCACCAUGCUUCGAAUCAACAUCCCACCCGUCACCCGCGCGAUCCUCACAAGCAUAGCGGUGCUCUUCAUUUUGCAUACGGCGACAAGAUACAAGUAUUAUGUUGUUGGUGAAUCAUCGUCCUCGUUUUCUGCGGUGCCAUACCUCCUCGCCGUUCCGUCGAAGAUCCUCUUCUAUCCAUGGACACUUAUAUGCGCAACCUUUGUGGAACAGAAUAUUGUCACUCUGUUGAUUAACGGAGCUACAAUGUUUUACGGAGGGAAAUAUUUGGAACGGGCCUGGGGCUCGAGGGAGUUUGGGAAAUUCAUUCUAGUGCUUGCCUUGGCCUCCAAUUUGUCCAUGGUGUUGCUCUACCUGACCACGGCUGCGAUCCGCGGCAAGCCUGAGAUUGCGUAUGUACUUUUCUUGGGUCUUUCGAGUCUUCCUCUAAUAACAGUGUUCUACAACAUGCUAACUUCCUCGUCUUCUUUUAGCAUGAAAGGAAUUGGUGGUGGAAUUGCUGUGCAGUCCUCAUUCCUAGUAGCCUUCAAGCAGCUAGUCCCCGAGCAUACCGUUACCAUUCUCCGUGGCCUCGUAAAGAUAAGAGUGAAGCAUUUCCCGGCUAUAUUUCUCCUUCUCAACUUUAUCGGUGCACUCUUUCUCGGAACAGACGUUGCAUUUCAUCUCAGUUGGCUGGGACUGCUCAUCAGUUGGACAUUCCUGCGAUUCUUCAAAUACCAGCCUGAUCUCUCGGGGACCUCCACCAGUGGUCGGGGAAUCAAAGGUGAUGCCAGUGACACCUUCGCCUUUGCAUGUUUUUUUCCAGAUGCCAUACAGCCACCUAUCAACUUCGUUGCAGAGCGAAUAUUCGCUAUUCUAGUGGCCAUCCGUAUCUGUACCCCAUUCUCAACAGAAGACGUCGCUUCUGGGAAUGAGCAGGUAUUGGCGCGUGGAGAAGCUGGUCUUCCGAGUUUGUUGAAUAAUAACGUCCGUGGAACACCUAGAUCUGGGAAGAGGGAAGAAGCUGAACGACGGAGGGCACUCGCACUCAAGGCUUUAGAUCAGAGGUUACAGUCUGCAAGUUCAAAUAGAGCAGCACAGCAGGCCGCAGCAUCUGCUGCGCCGUCGUCCCAAACUUUAGCUCCUGCUGCUACCCCCACGGCCCCGGUAGUUCCCGCUGGUGAAACAAUGCUAGGUGAAACCAAUUAUACCCCUGACCGCUCCUAA